AUUUAGGGAUAAAUAAAAUAAAAAAGGAUGUAAUUGAUAAUAAUCUUAAUUUUUGUUACCUGGGGGAAGCACCGAUGAGGACAAGCUUGGAGAAGAGAUCGGGGCGGCGUAUGGCGGCGAGGAUUCCGAUCAUGGCGGAUACAGAGUGGCCUACGUAGUCGCAGCGCUGGAUUUUAAGAUGAGUACUGAGAAUGUUGAUGAGGUCGUCGGCAUAGGCGUCGAGUGUUGUGUAGCGACAGAAGUCGAAAUAGUCGGGGUUGACGCUGCCGGCGCAGGCGAGGUCGAAGAGGACGACGCGGUAGUCCCGGACGAAAUGAGGGUAAAUGCCCCCGCCAUGCGGACUGGUCGGUGCCCGACCCGUGGGCUAGCACCAGGGUUUUCUCGCCGUUGCCCACCACUCGAACGUUGAGGGCUUCCAAUACAUUUGAGUGAUGAUAUGCAUCAAUAUUUUGAUGGUUCACAUUGACACAAAGUAUUGAGUAUUGCUGAAACAAUGCGGAAGCUUAAAUAUAAAACAUAAUCAAAUUGUUUUACAUUUUUCUGGGUUCUCGCCCGAAAAGGUAUUUAUUUAAUUAAAACAUCAUAAAUGUGGUCCACCAGUCCGUACAUCUCGUCACUCUCAUUGACCUCCGGGAUGGGCUCCAUGAUCAGUAUUGUUACCUGUGUGUAGCAAGUAAAACAAACUACACGCUCAACGUCAGCUGAGGAAUACGCUAAUACAACAAUUCGAAGUUGAAUAGCAAGUAGACAUAUAAUUAUCAUGAUAUGACAUAAUAUAGCAUGUAUGCUCAAAUGAUGAUUGUGAUACGUAAUAAAUGUCAUACAUAGUCAUAAUGAUUGCAUUUGCUUGAUGAUGAAUUCAUGCUGUAUGAUUCUAGGUCACAAGGACAAGCCUUGAACUAUGAGAUUCGCCCAUUUUGUACGACGAACUCACGCAAAAAUAGGGGUGGUACUCGAAAGCCUAAGUACCAUGUACGUACACUAAGCCCGGUCCGUGAUGUCGGACUGCUAAGUCCUGCACAAUCACAACUACAAGAGACGCACUUCCGCCUGAUCUCUUGCGCAUGCACAUGAUGUGAUAUGUUUCAAUAUGGAUGAUGAAAUGAAUCACAUGAUAUGAACAAUUUGUAAACAACAUGAUUGGAUAAAUAUACUUUAUUUUAUUUGGAUGAAAUCUGAUAAAAAUAUCAUUUAAUUAAGCUACGGGACUCGGAACGGUCAACCGUUUGGCGCGAAUCUUUUUUUUUAUUUUUUUUAUUUUUUUUUAUUUUUUUUGACAUCUAAAAUACUUCUUUGAGUUAUUUUAACACUUAUGAUUAACAUAUCUAUGUAUUUGAAAUAUUCUUAACAUUUACAUUUUCAUUUAAGGUGAAGUAUCAAGAAAAACAUAUUUUUACUUUAUGAGUCUAAUGAGUUUGAUCUUAAAGCACAAAUGACUUAUAAUAUGACAAUCAAUCCUAUCGAUAUAU